AUGUCUGACCCUUAUACCCAACACCCACACUAUACGUCUCCUGUCCCAGGAGCCGAUGCGAGCGUUUACACGCCCGCAGAUAGUUCAUACCAAAACCCUCCGUACGACUAUGACCCUCAGCACCCAUAUGGGCAGCAAUAUCCUCCGAGUCAAAACUACCAGUAUGUUUCACAUUAUGAUUUGACGCAGACGCCGAAGUCUCAUCCGCCCCAAGCUUCGGGACCGGAUCUCAGUCCGACUGCGGAAUUCCAACAAGUUGGAAGGCAACAAGGAAGUAACGCUGAUUAUUAUACUAUACUCCGAACUCCCAAACCCAAGAACCUGCCAGUACUUCCAACGAAGAGGGGGAUGAACGCAGCCUUGCAGGAACUCUUGUCGGCGGAGCAGGAGGCUACUAUCUGGGACACCAAGCGGAACAUGGUCUUCUGGGAGCCGUGGGCGGCGCGAUACUGGGGAACCUCAUUGGAGACAAGAUGGAGGACAAGACAGAAGAUGAUAACCAUGAUCACCAUCAUGGCCGUCAUCAUCGUCACAAGCACCGCCAUAGCCACCACGGCCAUCGUCAUCAUAGUCAUAGUCAUAGCCAUAGCCAUCAUCGCCAUCACCGCAGCCACUCUCGGCAUGGUAGCCAUAGCGGCAGCUACUGAUAUGGAAGGCGUGUUCAUGCUACGAGGUGCAAUCAGUAGAAAGUCAUAA